UACGGGCUUUACUGUAAACAGCCGAUUACUUCAGUCAAGCUUGCGGAGGGUAUUUCAAGUUGUCUUUCAUGGACAUGUUAUUCAAAUGACUUUCAAUGAAUACAAUGGAAUGCUCUCACAUUUUGAGGGAAGUGGCAUCACUAUCCAAGAAUGCCAACUCUUGGAGGAUGAGUAGUGGAGAACAAGUUAGUUAUUUGCAUCAAACGCUUCUAGCCAUUUCCAAUAUUUUAGAUUAUCAGGAAGACAAAAUGCAUAGCUUGAAAGCUAGACUUGGAGAGAAGACCUCUACGUGUACCAGUGAAACUUUUAGUGCUGGAAAUUUUGAGUCUGGAUAUCCGAGCACCAUUCUCCAGCUGUUCACCCAGCGUCUAGCCCUUCAAGCUAAAGUUCCUAGCGGACCCCGCCCAGUUUCCUCACAAUCCUUGCUUUUGAGAAGAGACCAGUUCAAUCAUACAGAUGACUCCUCCAUUUGUGAAAUUCUCCUUGAUAUUUUAUCUGCUCUUGACCAUUGCUAUCAUGAUGAGUGGAAGCAUUCGCUUGAGCAAAGACAAACCUUGGAGAAGCGAGACACAGAUAAUGACCCAUUCUCGGGUAACCUCUCUUUUUUUGAUGAACAAUGCCGUGAACUGCUGGUUCACCAAAUGAAUGCUGUAAGUGACAGGUGUAAGAGGUUGGCAGAAGAGGAGGUAGCAAUAGCUACAGCUGUCCAGGCAUCCAGAGAUGCAAAAGAAAGAUUGCUUGCAAAGGAUAGAAAAAGUGACAGAGGGAAUAUGAGUUUUGAAGAAUGUGCAUGGAGGAUCAAAGAAACGCUAGCUGGAUAUGAAGAGAGCUUGAACAGAAUCUUGCAUGAUCUAUGGGUUUGGACAGAUGAUCAGGGAAUUCAAGUCUUAGAAGAAAAUCACCAGCUGCUAAUCACACCAAGAUGGGUCAAGAAACUCUUGAUAUUGGCUCUUGAGUUUCAAGGUCAGAGGAGCAAAAGUCUUUCAGCAGAUGUUAUUGACAGGCAUAACAGAUUACUCAAGCUGUCAUCAGACUGUUUCGCUGCUCUGCCUCUGCCUCUACAAAGCACACUAUUCCAGUGGUUAUGGGAGCAGCCAAAUGGACCUACCCUCUUCAAGGAAAGUGCAGUCGUCAAUGUUGAACGAGAACUGACACAAGUGUUCAACAGACUGGUGACGGGGUCUACGGAUGGCCAACUUUCAGAGAGAGCCAGAGAGAUCUGUAGCAUAGCCCUUCAUUGUCCCAGCUCUACCCUGCAAAAGGCUAUACAAGAGGCUGUCCUAAAUGCGGAGGCAGGCACUUUAAUUUGCAAGGUUCUACGCCAUAUGCGUUUCCUGGUAGAUCUCCAGCUUGAUGGGAGGCCAUGUUUCCUCACAGAGCUCAGCAAGUAUGUCAGGACUCUUGGAGGGAGACAGCUCUCAUCAUCGGAAGAAGUUAACCUCUUCAAGUUUGCUGAUAAUAUCAUGCAGAACUACAAUCCACCAAGCACCCCAGGAAAUCCUGUCACCUGUCGGCCCCUAGUCCAUCCUCUCCACCUGGCUAACUGCUGCGUCUGGCCCUUCCUUGGUCCUGGAUCACAAGACCAGACCCAUAGGCCUGGUCCUGGACCUUCUUCUCAGUUCCUAGUUCCAGGAUCUGACUUUCAACAGAAAGCCAUUCCCAAGCAUAUCACAUUAAAGUUCUUGGACCUUGUGAUGAAGAACAGCUUAUUCCCAACAAAGGAACAGGGGCAGGGUGGUAUUGAUAUUAGUGUGUGCUUUUCUACCAUGCUGAGUCUUUGUCACGUAUUACAAGACUGUACUGUCUCGGAGGGAGGAGAUUUCCCAUCUAACUUGCUCAUCAAAGAAAUGACCUCUGACCUUCUAGAGCGACUUUCUGCCUACGUCCAGGAGGUUCAUGCUGAAAACUUGUCACUAUGUGUAGAAUGGCUGGUAGACGAGGCGUCACAUCUAGACUGGACCAUAAGGCUCACAUUACAUGGUCUAUUCUCCAAUGCCGUUCCUUCCUGUCAUAAGGAAGUAUUUACCUGUAUAGAAAAGGUCACAAGCUCCAUGCACCCCUCUCAGCCAAUCACAGAGUCUGUACCAUUGUACACAGUAUGGAGUUGCUCGUUGAUUGCAUUUUUUCAAGGUGCCAAGAUAUCAUCUCAGUUAUCAAAGCAGUUUGUGAAGAGUUUAUCUAGAACACUCCUCCCCAUGGCGUCAUCUUCCCGAGCGGAUUUCAACCGAGCAGUUUGCCUUGGAUUGGCCCAGGUUCUUCCUCGCAGCAGCUCUCCUGAAUGGCUGACACUACUUGAAACGCUUGAUCUUAUGAGGACGGAAGGACUGCUUCAUGUUUCUUACACGUCACAAUUCAUGACCAGUUUACCUCUGUGUGAUAUUACAGUGUGCCAGCAUCCUCUCCAAUUGAGUCAAGUCUUUACGACAGUGAUACAGCUACUGAGUGGAGAGGGCUUCUCUGAUUGGUUAAGAGAUGACCAAUGGCAACACAUUACCAAGACAUACACUAAAGUUAUGAAGAAGAUCUUAUACAGUGCUACAGAGAGCAUCCCGUCAAGUGCAUCAAGCUCCGCCCAUUCUUCUCAAGUCUUCCUGAUUGGCCAGCUCUUCUGUCAAUCAUGCGUGGUCUCCCAGUGCGUCCCGGAGUCGGCCAAGGAGCAGCUCUUCGUCUGGUCUCUAGAGCUUGCCAUGAGGGUGGAGGAGCUUCUCAGUUGCCAUAGCGAUGAGGAUGACAGUGUUUCCAUCCGAGAUGCAACAUACCAAGAAUUGAAGACAGUUAUUAGAGCCAUUAACUGGCUUCCCGAAAGUGGACAAAGGUCGACUCUUCAACAGAAAGUGACUGCACUGUUGUCAAAAUGUUAAAUAUCGGUUACCUUGACAGUGAUAUUACUGAUGGAACAUGAGUAGAAGUACUGACUGUCUUUCAGGUAGUGGGAAAGCAUUUCAUGAAAAGGGAGUAUUUCAUGAUGUUGAUCAAACGUUCCUGUUGUCAUCCCGACAGAUAGUGACUGCAUUGUCAUCAAAUUUUGAAAUUAUCGGUUCACUUCACACUGAUACCAAAGAUAAUUAUAGCAUAAAAAUGUGAGGACACAAAUGAAGUAGAAACAUCAAAUGGGUUUCAGAUUGUUGGAAAUCUUUGAUUUCUUUAAAGGGUGUUCUUGCACUGUCCUCAAGAUGUAAUUGGGAAACUUUUACACAGAUGUUGCAGUAGGGCAAUUCCAUAAAAUGGUUAAUCUUUUAUUCUCUGCUCUAUCCUGCAUGCACUGCUCGAGCCAUGUUAAUUUGAGAGUUUUUACAAAAUUUCUUAUGAAAAAGAAAACAGAUCAGUCCCAGAAGGUCUCAGUAUCGGAGGACUAAUUUAUUAUUUUAUGGCAUUACCCUAUUUACCCUAUAUUCAAUUAUAUUAGGAGG